AUGAAGCGGGUGGGGGGAGGGGGGCGGGCGGAGGACGCGGCCCCGGAGCGGCGGCUCCCGGGGGUCCCGCAGCCAGGAGGGGGCCGGGAACGGAGGGGAGGGGGUCCGGGAGCUCCCGCGGCGGGGGUGCCGGGGGUCCCGGCCAUGAAGAGGAUGUUCUCCUGCUCCAGCUCGCAGGUGACGGAUCGGGAGGAUCUGGGGAAACUGAGGCACGACAUGCGCGGGGGGACCCGCACUGGGGGGGAUCCUGUCCCGGGGUGGGGUCUGGGGUCGUGUCCUGGAUUUGGGGUCCCGCAGGUGGAGAGCUGGACGCGGCAGGACCAGAAGCUGCUGGAGGCGGUGACACGCGGGGACGUGGCCCGGGUGGCCGCCCUGGCCGCCCGCAAGGCCGCCCGCCCCGCCAAGCUCAACGCCAGGGGACAGUCCGCGCUGCACCUGGCCGCGGCCGGGGGUCUCACCGAGUGCCUGACGCUGCUGCUGGAGCACGGGGCUCCCGUCAACGGGACCAACGAUGAUGGCAGCACCGCCCUGCACUUGGCCACCAUCGCCUGCCAGCCCCAGUGCGUGAAGGUGCUGCUGCAGCACGGAGCCAACGAGCGCCACGUGGACGGGCAGAACCGGACACCGCUGCACUGGGCCGCCUCCUCGGGCUGCGCCUCCAGCGUGCUCCUGCUCUGCGACCACGAGGCGCCACUGGAUGUCCCCGACGCUCUCCUGCGGCGCGGGGCCGAGCCCGGGCUGGCCGACAGGGAUGGCAGGACAGCGCUGGAGCUGGCCCUGGCUCACGGCAGCCUGGAAGUGGCCGAGCUGCUGCAGGGCCACAAGAGGGACAAGGACACUGGGAAUGUCACCGGGAGUGUCACCGGGCAGGCCCCGAGCUGGGCUCUCCAGAAGAUCCCAGACUGCGGGAGGAGAGAGAAUGGUGCUGGACAGGUGGGGAUCCAGGGCGAGGAGGAGGAGGAGGAGGAAGAGGAGCAGCGGGACGGCCGCGCUGCCCGGCGGCUGCGGGAGGAGCUGGCGAGGAAGACUCUGGAAUGCCGGCGGCUGGAGGAAGCUGCCGAGGGCAUCCGGCGGCGGCUGCGGGAGCUCGUGCGGCUCCUGCCGGCACGGGACGCGGGUGAGGAUGAGGAGGAUGAGGAGGAUGACGGCGCCUGCCUGGAGCUCCUGACCCGGCGCGUGGCGGAGCUGAGGAAGAGGACGAGAGACGAAGAGUGGCAAGGAGGACAAGGCAGCGGCGAGGCCCCGGCGCUGAUCCCGUUCCUGGCCUGGCUGGGAGAGGAGUGCUCCAAAAUGCGGGAAGCCAAGGCCGGCGCCUUCUCCCGGAGCCGGGAGCUGCGUGGGGAAGCCGAGAAUUCCCCCCGGGACCAGGCUUGGGAGCAGCUGGCGGCGGGGCUGGAGCAGGCGCUGGAGCAGCAGGACCAGAUCCACGCCAGGAUGCUCCAGGGAUCCCAAACCCUCCUGGAAAAGCUCCGCCGGGAGCCGGUGAACGCCACGGAGCCGGCCGCAGGCGGGAAGAACCGGGAGGAGAUCCCGGCAGAGAGCGGGAGGAUGGAGAAGGAGCUGCUGGAGCUGCGGGAGGGCAACGGGAAGCUCCUGGUGGAGCUGGCGCGGCUGGGCCGGGAGCGGGAGCGGCUGCAGCGGGAGCUGCGGGAGCUGCGGGAUCCCGGGAACCGGGACGAGGCGCGGCGGCUGCGCCGGGAGCUGCGGGCGCUGCGGGACGGGCUGGGAGCGCGGGUGCGGGAGGCGGGAGGCGACGCCGGGGCCGCAAUCGUGCGGGAUUUGCACCGGCGGCUGGACGCGCUGGUGCGCUCGCAGCACGAGGCCCUGCAGCUCAUCACGGAGAUGGAGGGAGAGCCCGGAGAAAGCCCCGGCAGCGACGGGGAGGGCGGGACACCGGGAGAACCGGGAGGCGGCGCGGAGCAGGGCCCGGAGCGCGGCACCGCCGGGGUCCCGCCGGGCUCGGAGGCGGAGCGGUGGCGGGAGGCGGCGGCGGCGGCCGAGGAGAGGGCGGCCGGGAGGGAACGGGAGCUGCGGGAGCUGCGGGAGACGGCGGAGGGGCUGGAGAGCAGCCUGGCAGCGCUGCGGGAACGCGCGGCCCGGCUGGAGCGCGCCUGCCGCGACAAGGACGGGAAGCUGAAGCAGCUGCUGGUGGAGACGGAGAAACUCUCGGCCGAGGUGUUGGGGCUGCGGGGCCGGAGCGCCCGGCUCCAGCUCCAGCUGGAGGUCCAGCAGAAGCAGCACCGGGACACCGUGGCCGUGUACCGGAGCCACCUUCUCCACGCUGCCCAGGGAUUCAUGGACCAGGGCGUCCACGCCGCGCUGCUGCGGAUCCUGCGGGCCGAGGCGGGAGCGGGGCUGUGGCAUUAAACCGGGAAACUGCCA